AUGAGCCUGGACACCCCACUAAGCGCAGACGAUGUAAAGGCACCAGAGACGGUGGAUGACCAUUUAAAGCUAAGCUCCCCGAGAGUUGCCCAGCUCUACAAUGGUGUGAGUUGUAUCUCAGAUCCCGGCAAAACGUCACACGCAUUCAUACUAAGACCUCGAGCUGGAUUGUUUGAGGGUCAACUUAUCGCCUUCGUCAUACCAGAAGGCUGUGAAUUAUCGAGCCAAGCAAAUUACAAGAUCGAAAUACAACAUGUCUUUGGCACAGCCGAGUUACCCACCAUUCAGACUGCAAUCGAACUACCGACCCCAGCGGACAUCUUACCAAGCUUCUGGGUUGUGUUCAAGAAGACGCCUCUGGAUGCGAGCGGUAGAGCUGAUCGCAGAAAACUACAGACGUGGAUCCAGAACGCCAACGAGGAAUCACAACGUCACAUCAUAUCUAUCUGCACAAACACAAAUCCCGGAACGAUAGACGAUCAAGUCUGGAACAUAGUAAGCGAGAUGCUGUGCGAACUGGUGUCUCGAAGCUCCGAAAAGCCCAUCGCGGAGCUCGAAGGCAUUCCCGUCCAGUUUUCGGAACGUACAAGCACAUGCCAUCACCGGAAAUCUGAAGAACCUGAGAGCAUAUUCGACCUGUCCCCCAUGCAACGGCUGUAUUUCCACAGCCCUCUUGGGAAGACUGCAGCCGGGCACCGCGCUCGAGACAGCAAGUUUCAAUUCAACCAAAGCAUACUUCUGCAGUUAAACAAAGCAUUUGACAGUGGCACUGUACAAGCUGCGAUUAGGGCGGUUUUAAUAUGUCAUCCCAUGUUGAGAUGCAGGUUUAAGCCUACACAAGGUGGUUCUUGGUGUCAGUGGAUUGAGCCGGAAAUCUCCAGCUCGCACAGCUUCGCCUAUUUUCUGGACUGUAGCAAAGAUGAUCUGGAGGGAGGGAUCGCACAGGCUCAGGAUGCCAUAGACAUCGAGCAUGGCCCGAUAUUUGUGGCGCGCCACUUUACCACCACCCCAGGGCGCCAAAUGCUGUAUUUGGCUGCCCAUCAUCUGGUCAUUGAUGUCCAGUCGUGGACUAUACUAGUCGACGAUAUCGAGCAUGUCUUGUUGAAUGGCUGCCCUAAGCCCAGUCGGUCUGUUCAGUUUCCAAGCUGGGUUCGCUAUCAACACAACUAUGCCCGGCGUCUGGGACUGGGGAGGAAUAACUUCCCAGUUGAGCUCCGGGUCGAGAACCCGGGUUACUGGGGUCUGAACCCUAAUGCUAACCUAUAUGGCAACACCGCAGCGUGCGGUUUUGUGCUGGGAGGUGGGGCUAUGUCGAUUCUCGAGAAAAGUGGCCAGUCUCUCGGUACAGAUGCCUACGAUAACUUCUUGGCCGCGCUUCUGCUCUCUUUUGUGCAGACGUUUCCGGAUCGGCAAGUUCCCACAGUCUGGAACCAAGAACACGAGAGAGCUUCGUUAGAUAUCCAGCAUGAUGUCUCGGAAACCGUGGGAUGGUUUACAUCACUCUGCCCCAUUUUAACCAGCGUGUUGCCGACUGAUGAUAUCUUGUCGGUCCUGUAUCGUGUCCAGGAUGCUCGCCAAGCCAUGGUUGGCAAAGUUGCACCUUUCUUCGCAGCAAGCCUGUCGGACCCCGGCGAUGCGGAUCAUUUCAUAUCUUCGCACUGUCCUCUUGAGCUCCUUUGCACCUAUUUCAGGUCUUCUCGGCACGUGCAAAGCCAGCACGCUCUGUUGAAGCAAAUUCCGGUGCCGGGAAAAACGCUCACAUCGAGAGUGUCAGACGUGGGGAGCUCGGUUCGAAGGAUAGCUGUGUUCGAGGUACUCAUUUCUGUUAAUCACAAUGGCGCGACCUUGGCGGUGCUCUAUCAGCACCAGUCCAAACAUAAGAAAUUGGUUGAGAGAUGGAUACGUCUGUGCGAAAGGCUGCUGCGCCAAUGGAUCCAGCAGUUGCCGCAUACUCACCAGCAGCCCGCAGAAUCACCUGUCCGCCCCCGGCCAAUGCUGUCGCCAGAAGCUCAGGCGUGCAACAAAUCAUCAGAAAGGGCAUAUCUGCACCUCCCUGCGGAUGAUGCUGCAAUGCCGCCAUUGGGCUCGGACGCAAGUCUGGUUGAAGAUGUUGCCGAAGCCUCGUCCAUACAAACGAUGCACAUCGGGUCCGGUAAUGCUGACUAUCUACUGAUCACGAUCUCUGGUACUCUGCAUCGAGAUAGACUGGAGACGGCCUGCCUUAGAUUGGUCAACGCACAUCCUAUCUUGCGAACUGCAUUUGUAGUUCAUAACCGCCACCUCUAUCAGACAGUGCUCCGAUCAUUCCGCCCGGAGUUCAUCCACCACCAACGCCCAAGCUGGCGGCUUGAUGCUUUGGCUAAGAAAUCCGUCCAAGGCGAUCGACUACGCCCGUUCGAUUUCCGCCAGCCCGUUACCAAAUUCUGGUAUUUCUAUGCCAGUAAACACUCCACCCUUGUGGUACGUUUAUCCAAGGCUCAGUACGACCGCGAUUCGCUGUCGGCGCUGGUCAGAGAUCUUGUAUACCUCUAUCAUCCCAGCGAAGAGAUACCCAGUCGCCCCGGCUUGUGCGGAGUAAUCAGAGCUUCUCAGACGAUGAUCGACCCCCGUGCAAGAGACUACUGGCGUGACUUACUUGAUGGUGCAGCACCGACGCAAGUCAUUGCCCAGCCGUCACCUGCGAGCGCCAGUUCCCGACUGAAGAGAGUCCACCAAAGGGUCGCGACGGAAUCGCUAUUGCAUGUAACCGUACCAUUCGAGACCGUGUUAAAUGGCGUAUGGUCUAUGGUUUUGUCAAAUUUGUCCGGAAUAAAGGACAUCGUCUUCGGUCAGGUCACUGACUGCAGGCACCUGAGACUAGCCGGUGGCCAAUCCUUGUCGGAUGUAAUCGGGCCAUUGGGUAAUAUCAUUCCCGUGCGUACAGUUUUGCCCACGAGUCCAUUCCCGCCAUCCGAAUAUCUGGAAUCGAUCCAUCGUCAGCAUAUAGCCAGCAGGUCCCACGCGCAUAUGCAGACUGCUGCUAUCGUGCGCGACUGUACAUCUUGGCCAGACUGGACACGCUUUAGUACGGUAGUCCAUCAUGAGAACACCAUUGCUGAGACACCAACCAAAUUCACCUUGGGCGACGCCAGCUGCGAGCUUCAUUGCAUGGAAACCCAACACCAGGAUUCCGACAUCAUGAUUCGCUCCGCCAUCCAAGAGCCCGGCGUCGUUAAUAUGUCUUUGACAUGCUGCGAGAAGAUAGAGCUGGCAUUUGCAGAGAGGGUGUUGGCGAUGUUGUGUUUAACAGUCAAAGACCUGUGCGAUAACCUGUCGGUGCCGAGAAUCCCUCUACCGGCGCCAGCGACGAACCCAAAUGUCAUCAGUCUGUCGUCUGUCCGGCCUGUGGAUCCGGAGCAUGCACGUGCCAUCCACAAUGCUGUCUCUGAAGCUUGGGACGCAGUCCUCCACCAGGGUCUCCAGCUCCCCGAGCUUCGGCCGUACUACGAGAUCUGGGGGGACUCGGUAGCGGCAGCAGAGUUGGCUAGGUAUUACACCGAUCACCUGUCAGGAAUCCCUGGCCUAGAGCAGAGCGUCUUCACAACGGAAGAAAUCAUCAGCCAUCCGAUUAUGAUACAACAGUACGAACUAGCAAUCACCAAACAGCAGCAACAAGUGGCGUUAGCAAAGCUAGACAAGAAGCUUGGUGCAAAUAUGCUUACUCGUUGGGGUAAAGGUACCGUCGAGAGUGCAACCCAGUGGAGUGGAAUAUGUCGGUCUAGGAAGUAA